CAGCUACCACAUUUGAGUCAGAUAAUAGCGUACCUUCUUCGCCUCCAUCGGGAAGCGAGGGCUGGAGGUUGCUUUACGACUCACAGGUUAAUACUAGCUGUAGUUCUUCCUCCUAGCUAACCAAACUAGAGACUCGAGUAGCUCAUCAUUCGUAUAUCGUAAUAAAUCCAACUAUUACUUCUGCUCACUAUGGGAGCCUUCUUCGAAACUAUCCCGACCUCUCUCAUCAAAUGGAUUCUAGAUCAGAAGAUCUUCUGGGUAUCGACAGCACCGCUAUCAGGGAAAGGUCACGUCAAUGUCUCGCCGAAAGGAGGACAAGCCUUCGGUGUCCCCGACGAGAAAUCGUUUUGGUAUUUGGACAUGACCGGCUCCGGUAACGAGACGAUUUCGCAUCUUCUCGAGCCGGGUAAUGGUCGUGUCACUGUCCUCUUCAACGCCUUCGAGGGACCGCCCCGCAUCUUGCGGCUCUGGGGUAAAGGCCGUGUACUAGAAAGCGGGACUUCUGAGUUCAACGAAAUCGUGGAGCGGGAGAAUAUCGAGUUGAUCCCGGGCAUACGCUCCGUUAUCGUGGUUGACAUUCACCAAGUCGGCACUUCCUGCGGGUAUAGCGUGCCCCUGUACGACUUCAAAGAGUUUCGCACAACACUCUACGACUUCUUCAGGCGUAAGGAGGAAAAGUUCCUCGCUGGAAAUGAGAAAGAGAGCAUGGAUCGUUACUGGGCGCUGAAGAAUGCGUGGAGCAUGGAUGGUCUCCCAGGCAUGCAGAAGGGUCUCGAAGCCGGACGCCUUUACGCCAUUAAACCCGUCAAAAAGAUGGUCGGACCGCUAGCUCCUAAGAACGGGGCUAAUUUAAACCUUUUGCGGAACGGCUUUCAGAUCGAACAUUUUAUUAUCAUCGUCUUGGCUCUCUUGCUUGCUAUCACGUUAGCCACGCAUCCCGCUCUUCAGCACCAUGCUCAAACACGCAUAUUCAAGGCAGUCCCAGAGGCGCUUCCAAGUUCGGUCUGGUUCCGAGAUUGAUACUGCUCAUAAGCUUACUCCGGACUCCGGAGACCCCUCAUGAUUAGUAAGAAUACUGGAGGAUUGAUAGCGCGAGAUAAAACAGCUUGGUGAUACCAGAUUAACCACUCAUAGACGUAUUCUAUAAAUAUUGUUGAAGCUGUUGUCCUCUGGCAGCUGUAAGGGAUGAGUCAUUGUUUGUCUUGCAUUAGUAUGAAGUACAGUCCAGUGGAAGGAACCCAACUAGCAAAGUAUUGGUCACGUCAUCCCUUUAGUACGGACGAUUCGGAAGCUAAAUAUUUAUUAUUUAAUGUUUUUCUCAUCAGGUUAGCGUGGGAUAUUUCGAUAAGGAUAUUGAAAUUUGAAAGGCUAGGG